GGAUGGCCAAACCUUUGAAACCUUCCGAACACGAAUCGACCUCAAUCUUCGAACAGAUCCAAGCGGAAUGUUGCGGUGUGGCGGUACAUAAACAGUAGGGGUUGCAUCUCCUAAUUCUGUUCCAUCAACAAUUGAAACGGAAUGAAAGUCUGGCUAGACGUUACACAACCAGUCAGGAGAUAACACAGUAGGAACUGUUAGAUUCUUCCAUCCGCAUUACUAUUACAGACUACAAUUAAAAAUAUUAAACAUCAUGAGCCAAGGAUCCAAAGAUGCGCGAAGGCAACACCCUUGGAACCUUGACAUGGAUGAUGAUAUUGAGAGCAUAUCUCAGCUCUCUUGUUCUUUCAUAUCCAGAGCCAGAAGUGACACAAGUGACAGCGGCGACAGCUACAGCACAAGUCACUCUCCCAGAAUAGCUGACCCUGAAGAUCUGGAGUCGCAGGGCCUGUUUGCAAACGAUGACAAACAGGCAGCAAAGGAAGGCAAAGACCUGACUGAAGAAACAUCCGGCAGUAAAUUCUUCAUGUGCGAUAUCGACGAUGACACUGUCUCUCUGAAUCUCCAACAGCGCGAUACGGAGGCAGAAACACCUGCGAAGUGCAAUCAGGAAGAGAACUCCCAGAAUGUUUCGUCGCCACGCUGGUGGGAACCAAACUCAACAUCUCGUUGGUGGGAACGAGGAGCAACAGGAUCUUCUUCGCGUUGGCGGGAACGGGCAACUGCGUCAGAGAAUUCUGGACGUUCCUGUCGCUCGUUGUUGUCCUUUGCAACUCCACCUCCUCCUCCGUCUCUGCGUCCGAGUAGAGGACUCAGUCGACCAGGAGCCUAUAGCAUCCCUGGUAUCAAUGCACGAGAUGGUGGCACGGGAGAAGAAGAGAAAGAGGAAGAGACGUUGGGAAACUCGUCAUCUACCUCUUCCACCUUUGAAAACGAGUACGAUGAUAUGCUGCUGCUCGAGGCCACCCUUGUCAGCGAGAAAUCGCUCAUCAAAGACACAGAAGAAACAUCCAACGAACUCGUGUUGCAAGCCGAACCUCUCAAAAGCAGAUGUACUCCCCGUUUUGUGUGUUCCAUGAUUGCAUUACUUCUUGUGAUUGCUGGAGCUGGAGCAGCGGCUGGCACAGAAUGGGGCCGCCGAAAAUACGAUGUGGAACUGGCUCCAAGAACUGGCACGUCCUCUCCCACAUCCACUUCAUAUACAGAUGCUGACAUAUCAGCGUCAUCUUCCGCCGCAUUCGGCACCCAGACACCUACCGGUACAACUUCCUCAUUUCCUCCUUCCAGAAUACCAGCUGCUUCUGAAGGCAGUGCAAUCACGGGCACUGCAGCACCAGGAUUCAAUGCACCUCCUCCGCACUCCAUCACUAGUACUAGUACACAAUCGACUUCAUUCAACAGUACUUCCGAGUCUGUUAUUCUCAUAUCCUCAAACUCCACAAACAAUGAGCUGUCCGCUGGUGAUUUCGUCAUGAGCUUCCUGCCAGAAAAGACCAAGGCGAUCGUACUGGAAGACCCGAGCUCACAUCAGGGAAAAGCGUUUCGAUGGCUGACAUCAGAUCCAACAUUAGAAAAGUAUCCCCCAGGCCGGGUUAUGCAGCGCUUUGCACUUGCAACCCUCUUCUAUGCAAGCAAUGGGGAACAGUGGGAAAGCAGCGACAAUUGGUUGUCCUAUGAUGUGCCUGAGUGUGGGUGGACGACAGAUGCACUUGGUGGUCUCCUCUGCAACGACGAAGACUACUACGAGAUCUUAUCGCUGAACCAACUGUCGCUUUCUGGUACUCUACCUGAAGAAAUCUGGUUCCUGUCAACGUUGGUGUCUCUGCAGCUGUACGAUCACGAUUUACAAGCCUCGCUUCCAUCAAGGAUCGCGAAGAUGCCUCGGCUUGAGAGUCUUCUUCUCUUUGACUUGUCCCUAACUGGAACAAUACCAGCUGAAAUCGGGUUGGAAAAGCUCAAGUCGCUGCACCUUGGCGGGAACGCACUCCAAGGCAGCAUACCAGUUGAGAUUGGCAAGAGCAAACAUCUGCGCAAUCUUUACUUGGGAGAGAAUCAGUUGACCGGAUCACUACCUGCAGCCAUAGGGAACCUUCAUGAUCUGGAAGAGCUCGUAUUGCAUAACAACACUCUCACCUCAACCAUCCCGGCUUCCAUUGGAGAAUUGACAAAUCUAAGGUUGCUCUAUUUGGCCAUUAAUUCCUUUUCUGGAACUAUACCCAAUUUGAGCCCCUUGACUGAACUGCGGGGGAUCGUUCUACAGUCCAAUCUGUUUCAUGGCAACUUUCCUGAUCUAUCCAGCUCGACAAAACUGGAAUACCUCUUCCUGGGGCAGAACAGUUUGACUGGACCAUUGCCACCCCAUGUUGUGGGGUCAUUGACGUCACUCAAAGUGCUAGAUGUCCGCCAAAAUGGCAUGAGCCAAGAAAUCCCUUCCGAAGUUGGAUUGCUUCGUGAGUUGCAAGUUUUGGACUUGUUUGAGAACUAUUUUUCGUCUACAAUUCCGACGGAACUUGGCUUGCUCAGCAAUGCUCAGAAGAUCAUGCUGGAGAAGAAUAUGUUGGAGGGUACCAUCGCCUCAACCUUGGGUUUGUUGACAAAUCUGGAGCGACUGUGGCUUCAUGACAAUAAUCUUUCGGGGUCUGUGCCGGAAGAGCUUUGUGACUUGGUGAGGCAGAGCGAUUUGGAUCUUGCAGUGGAUUGCUUCAAGGUAGUCUGCGACUGUGAUUGCAACUGUGCCAAGUCAACUACUGCGCCAAUCCUAUCAGGGAACCGAAGCAGCCCGCCUACUGCCUGGGAUAACGUUGUUUCGUUCUUCCAAGACUUAUUCAACUGAUACUGAAUGAUUCGAAUGCUACUGGUACUUCGGCUUUCUUUCGCACAAAACACAUUUGCACCAUACAUGCAUACAUACAUUUACACAAUGCAUUCUAAAACUGCUGGAUUACAUUUUAAUCUGCCGAUACUACUAC